CUGUUCAGAGCUGAUAAACCCAACAAUGGCUUCAGCUACCCGCGAAAAUAAGCAGGGUUCUGCGAAGAGAGUAGCUGUUGUAGGAGCUGGUGUUAGUGGGCUCGCAGCAGCUUACAAGCUGAAAUCACAUGGUUUGAAUGUCACGGUGUUUGAAGCUGAAGGGCGGGUCGGAGGAAAGUUGAAAAGUGUUGUGCAGGAUGGUCUAAUCUGGGAUGAGGGAGCCAAUACAAUGACUGAAAGUGAGGCUGAAGUUAGAAGCUUGCUUGAUGAUCUUGAUAUCCGAGAUAGGCAACAAUUUCCAAUUGCACAGAAUAAGCGCUACAUUGUGCGAAAUGGGGUGCCAGUGUUGAUUCCAACAAAUCCUAUCGCACUAAUCAAGAGCAACAUACUGUCAGCAAAAUCAAAGUUUCAGAUUGUUUUGGAGCCUCUUCUGUGGAAGAGAAAUGACACUUCAAAAGUAUCUGAUGCAUCAAUUCAGGAAAGUGUGGGUGGAUUCUUUCAGCGUCAUUUUGGUAAAGAGGUUGUUGAUUAUCUCAUUGACCCUUUUGUUGCUGGCACAAGUGCUGCAGAUCCUGAAUCUCUGUCUAUGCGCCAUUCCUUUCCAGAAUUAUGGAAUCUAGAAAAAAGGUAUAAAUUUCUCGACUUGUAUUCUUCACAUUAUUUUUUAUGAACUUUAUAAUUUUUCAUUUUUUUUUUUAACUGGAGUACCAUUUAGUCAGUUACCCAUCUUCCCUACAACUUGCUGCUUCUAUAUUUGUAGAGCACUGUGAGACUGAUUAAAUGUCAUUAUUUGUAAGAACUUGAUAUUCUUGUCAGUUGUCACUUUGUAGGCACUUAAAAGUCUUGUCCAGUUAUAAUAAUAAUUGAGGUAUGUU